AUGGGAGCUGCCGCCAGUUCGAUCGCUUCAUCCGCCGUCGUCGCCGCCGCUGCCAAAUCGGAACAGGUGGCGCAGGGACCACUCUCACCGUUCCCGCUCGAAAUCGUCGACGCGAUGCUCGACUACCUCGAGUGGCGCGAAAUACUCGCCCUCCUGCGCGUGAACAGCCUCUUCUACACCGCCAUCGCAUGGCGUAUGAUUAACCGCGUGCGCAUUAUGGAGCGCGACGGGGUCCUCGAAAUGGAAGGGCAACAUACCGAGAGCCGUCUCUUCCUCCCCGCACGCCUCGUCUCACGCUGGCUUCCGUCUUUCGUGGAACAACUCGACCUAUACCCACACGACGUCAAGGUUAUCAAGGACUGUGACUGGGCGCAUCUUUCCGAGUACGAGCGACACAAGUCGGCAACCCUACAAGCGCUCGUGGGUCCAUUGGGACGGCCUGAGCUGCCGAACUUCCGCACCCUGCGCCUCUUCUUCAACGGCGUUCUCCACACCGAUAUGCCAAAGUACGAACCGCAGGUGCUAUCGUGUCUCGUUCUCCCGACUCGUCGACCAGAAACUAUCACGCUCAGAGGUGUGCCGGCCAAAGCACUCAAGCACUUAGACACGCUCUUCCCGAUGAACUACUGCAACUCGCUCGUGCGGCAGGUCCAUGUAAUCGGUCCAGAACUUGUUGGGGAGGACGGAACUGUCAACGGCACAAUCUACCUCAACUGGUGGGCGGGCGGACGGGCACUCGACACAUUGGAGAGUGUCGAGGUAGUCUUCUGGACGCCUACGGGUGGUGAAUGGCUCCCGAUCCCUCGCUCUCGAGAGGAAGAGUGGACCCAUCUUCUACAACGGUGGUUUGACCGCAUGCUGCGUACCCUUCAAAUGAGCUUUAUUGAGCUAUCUGGUCCUGCACCGCUAAUGGAUCUGGUACUGGGGACGCCGCAGCCGCGCAAACAACCCGCGCCGCGACUUACAAUUGUCAAUGCAGGCGCUAUUAGCCCCGCAUGCUAUGCGCGUCCGGGUGACGUGACCCUGCCGGAUAAGUGGGCGAGUUAUCGCGCUCGAGAGGACGCUGUUGCUGGUGCAUUUGAUGCGCUUUGGGCGAUGACGUUGCCGCCGACGUUGGCGGGAAAGCGCGCACUACUUGCUCAGCGGGUGCGGUUCGUUUCUCUCAAUGACUGGGUGCAAGAGGGGAAGUGGCGGGGCGUGUUUGACCCGGCUGAGGUUGGGCUCGAGGGAUAG